UUGAUUAGUUAGUCAAGUAAGUCAGUAAGGCAGGGUUUUUGCCUUUUUUAUUGCAUGUUAUCCUGAUUUUGAUCCAAAGACUAUGAAUAAUGUGUGUGUGUGUGUGUGUGUGCGUGUGGCGUGUGCGUGCGUAUUUCAGUAUCGAAUUUGUUUAUUCGGUGAUGGACAGACAUCUGUUGUACCAAUCAGUUGGAUUUUUGAUGACAAUGGAACAUUGAAGUGUCGAUGGACAUCAUCACUCUCAAACAUUAAAAACAAUUCUCCACCAAACCCUAACUGGAAGGUUUAUGACAUUGUGAAGAUCGUUGGACCAUCAAUUGGAGACUAUGAUCAAGCAAAUCAAUACAUCUCAGAUUACACAACGGGGGUCUCAGCAGCAGAGGACUCAAUUACUUAUUCAAUGACAGACCCUGCAGUUGUGGAAUUACCUGAGAAGAGAAAAAGGAAAAAUAAGCUCAGUGAUGAAAGUGACAUCAAUUCAGAGACAUCUUCCUGUGAAGAUGAUAUGAACUUGAAGCAGUCAGGAAAUGAAGUGAAGCAAUCUGGUCUGAAGUCAAGAAAUGUCCCACUGCCCAAACCUCCUAUAUACCAUGAUACUCUUCAGAGAAGUGGGAAAAAAGAUGAGGAUGAUCCCAAGCCCACAAGCUCUGAUGUCUCAGAAUUUCAUGAUCUUCAACAACAUCACAUGACUUAUAAAGAAAUUACAGUGCAAACCAGGAUACCAGAUGAUGUGCAUUUAAAGAAGUCAAGAAAUGCAAUGAAGCGAGUUGGUCUGAAGACAAAGAAUGUUCAGCUGGCCAAAACUCCCAGAUACCAUGUAGUCAAGAGUCCACUUAUUCAGAAAGCUCUGUGUGUCAAAACAUCUGGUGACUGUCUGGAUGAUAACAAUGAAAGCCCUGAUGGCAGUUAUUUAAACUCAAGCCAGCCCAACCCAGUAUUCUUAGGUGAGACAUUAGAUAUUCCCUUUAACACAUGCAAACACAUCACAAGGUGA